AGAGAGAGAGAGAGAGAGUAAUCACCUGAGGAAGAACUUCUUUCCACUUUGCAGACAAAGAUGGGCACCAAGCUCUCAUGGAUUCUUGUCAUCUUAAUCUUCAUUCCCACAGGAGAUUGCAAGAGGAUAGUAGGUAAGGAGUGCAACUCACAAGAUCUAAUGGGCCUGACUAGUUUCAAGGCUGCAAUUCAUGUUGACACUUCCGGUCGACUAGAGACAUGGAUUGGCCGAAACUGCUGCAAAUGGAAUGGGGUGUAUUGCAACAACAGGACUGGAAGGGUGGCAGAAAUCCGACUCCCUGGUUUCAUAUCCACCAAUGAUUUCAUUGCUCAAACCCAGAUGGAAGGUUGGUUAUCUCCUUCAAUAACACUUCUCAACUCUCUUGAAGUCCUCGACCUCGGUGGACUCAUCAGUCUUACUGGAACCAUCCCAUCAUCCAUCGGUUUUCAUCUUCCAAGGCUCAGAAAACUCUAUCUCUACACCAACAAUCUAACUGGGCCAGUCCCAGAAAGCAUAGGUAACCUGUCUAGACUUGAAGAGAUCCACUUGCAUGAGAAUCUCUUAUCUGGAUCAAUUCCUGCAAGCAUUGGUUUGCUCCAGAAUCUCCAGAGAUUUCUAUUAUAUUCAAAUAAGCUUUCAGGUCCCAUUCCAGAGUCUCUUACAAACUUGACAAAUUUAGUGAGUCUGGAUUUUCAGGGUAAUUCCUUAACAGGGCAUUUACCAGAGAAGAUAGGUGCAUUACAAGUCUUGGAAGAGCUUGAUCUUUCAGAUAAUCUUCUUAGUGGGAAAUUGCCGCUGUCCAUAACUAACUUAACUGCCAUCUCAGUUUUGUACUUGGAUACGAACUUGCUCGAGGGGGAGAUUCAAUUCCCAUCAAGUUCUGGUGAAAUGCCAUUACUAGGCUUUCUGAGGCUCCAUGACAAUCAUCUCACUGGAAGCAUACCAUUCAACAUUGGGAAUCUUGUUUCCUUGCAAAGGGUGUCACUAGCUAACAACAGGCUUGAAGGAUCCAUUCCUUCAACUUUGGGGAAUCUAUUGGAAGCAACAGAGAUCUAUCUGUAUGGAAACAGGCUAUCUGGUCAGAUCCCGAGCUCAAUUGGUCGACUUUCUCAGCUAAUGCUUCUAAGUAUUUCUAAUAAUUUGAUUGAAGGACCAUUGCCCAGUGAGAUGUCUUCCCUGCAUAACCUUCAAACGCUUGAUCUGUCCUUCAAUAGAUUAAAUCUCUCUUCUAUUCCCAAGUGGUUUGGGGGAAUGCCAUCGCUUUGCCGGAUCUUUCUGGCUGGUGCCGGCAUUCAGGGUGAUUUUCCAGAAUUCUUAAGAACAACUCUGAGCCCAUUACUGGAACUGGACUUCUCGUUCAACCAUCUGACUGGAAUUAUACCAGAGUGGCUGGGGAGUCUCACUAGGCUCUACUCAUUGAACCUCUCAAGGAAUUCACUAGUUUCAAAGAUUCCCAACACAGUCACUAGCUUGCGGGACUUGGCUGUAGUCGAUGUACACUCAAACAAGUUAUCGGGACCAAUUGAUGGUAUCUUCGAGAUUGGAAGCAGGUUCUCUGAAGGAUCACUGACCUACAUUGAUCUAUCUGAUAACAGUUUCUCUGGUGAAACUGAGCAAAUUGGAACAGGGCAGCAGUGUCAGAUAAAGUUUCUUAAUUUGUCGCAUAAUUAUUUAACAGGCCGAUUGCCGGGUUCUAUAGGGAGAUUGGUCUCAAUGAGGAGCUUGGAUUUGAGCAAUAAUAAGUUGGGUUUUGAAUUACCAGAGUCUCUGGCCAAUGUAAGCUCGUUAGAAAAACUGAAGCUGCAGAGGAACAGGUUCACAGGUCAGAUACCGAAUGGGUUUCUGAAGCUGACGGCGCUUAGAGAAUUGGAUUUGUCAGAUAACCUUCUGGUGGGAAGAAUACCAGAAGGCAGACCAUUGAGUGAUUUUCCGAAGAGUUCUUUCUCUGGGAACAGAGGGUUGUGUGGAAAGCCUCUUUCUCCAUGUAAGUUCUGAUUCAUGAUGAAUAACAAUUCUAUCUCUUCU